ACUAAAUUUCCCCCCACCUCUUCUUUGGUCAAUUGCUUCAACUUUCCCUACAUAUUAAGUAUUAACACUUCAAUAUUAUAUCAUUUUUUUUGACACAAAAAACUGUCAAACCUUAGUAGCUUACCUAUUUUUAUUAAUUCCCUCUUCAUUAAAAAUAAAAUUAAAUCAUAUUUCCUUGUUUGGGUAGUUGAGCUAUCUAUCCAAUUCCAUGAACUACUCACAUUCAAUUCCUUAAUAAUCCAGCUUUCUAGCAGCUCAUCUUCUCCUAUUUGUAUACUUUCACACUAUACUAUAUAUACCCUACCCAAACACACCCUUAUUCUUCCAUUAAACUACACAAAAUCACUCCAAAAUUUUUUUUUUCAAAAAAAAAAAAAGAAAAACCCAUCUUCUUCUUCACAUUUUCUCACCAUUUUUUUUCUUCCAUCUUACUAACAACCACACCUAAACGUAAAAGUAUAAUCUCCUAUUUGAUGGGAUUUUGAUGAUAUCUUCAAUUUUAGGUGAUCUUCUCUUAGACUUUUUUCUACACAUAUAUAUAAAAAAAAGCACCCAUCAAAUAUUUUUAAGGUUAGAUUAUAAGAAAGGUACAAUCUUGUUGUAAGAGAAGAGAAAAGUGUUAAAAAAAAUGGCGAGUAUAGAGAUGGAUAAAGAGAGAUUAAUGGCGGAAAUGGCGUUUAAGGAUGAAGAUUCUAUCGUCAUAAAAAUCCGUCGAAAAUUACCAGAUUUUCUUCAGUCUGUAAAGCUCAAAUAUGUCAAGUUAGGUUAUGGGUACAUUCUUAAAUUACCCACUUCAAUCUUUGUAUUUCUCGUCGCUUUACCACUUUUAUUGUCAACUUUGGUUCAGUUAACCGGUUUAAGAAUGGACCGGGUUUCUGAUUUAUGGACCAAUCGUGCGGUCUUUCUUGAUACGGCUACCGGUUUAACCGGUUUAGUUGUGUUACUUGUGGUUUUGGCGGUCUAUUGGGCGAACCGGACUAGACAUGUUUAUCUAGUUGAUUUUGCAUGUUUUAAACCGGAGGAUGAGAGAAAAAUGUCGGUCGAGUCGUUUCUUAAAAUGACCGAAGAUUCGGGUGCGUUUAAUGAGGAAAUGGUUCAUUUCCAAAAGAGGAUUGCAACCCGGUCCGGUUUAGGAGACGAGACGUAUUUUGCAAAGGGAAUUACGUCUAAACCGCCUAAUUUGUCGAUGGCCGAGGCUCGGUCCGAGGCCGAGUCAGUGAUUUUUAAAACGGUCGAUGCUUUACUAGAGAAAACCGGGGUUAGACCGGAAGAUAUUGAUAUAUUGAUAGUAAAUUGCAGUUUGUUUAACCCAACUCCAUCUCUUUCUUCAAUGAUUGUAAAUCAUUAUAAAUUAAAGCCCACAAUUAAGACCUUUAAUUUGGGUGGAAUGGGCUGUAGUGCAGGGUUGAUAUCUAUUGACUUAGCCCAAAACUUACUGAAAGCAAGGCCCAAUUCAACUGCCUUAGUUUUUAGCACAGAAAAUAUCACUCAAAAUUGGUAUUUUGGUAAUGACCGAUCGAUGUUAUUGUGCAAUUGUAUUUUCCGGAUGGGUGGUGCUGCUGUACUUUUAUCGAACAAGGCUAAAGAUGGUCGUUUAGCCAAGUACGAGUUAAUUCAUACGGUCCGAACCCAUAAGGGUUCGGACCAUAAUAGUUACAAUUGCGUAUAUCAAAAAGAAGACGAAAAAGGUAUGGUUGGAGUUUCAUUAGCACGUGAGUUGAUGGCGGUUGCAGGUGACGCGCUCAAAACGAACAUAACUACCUUGGGCCCACUAGUCUUACCAUGGUCAGAACAACUUAUGUUUUUGGCAACUUUGGUUAGGCGUAAGGUGUUAAAGCAGGUUAAAGUCAAACCAUACAUACCAGAUUUUAAAAAGGCAUUUGAACAUUUUUGCAUACAUGCUGGUGGAAGGGCAGUGUUAGAUGAGAUGGAGAAGAAUUUACAACUUAGUAGUUGGCACAUGGAACCUUCUAGAAUGACUCUACAUAGGUUUGGGAACACGUCGAGUAGUUCGCUUUGGUAUGAACUAGCCUACACCGAGGCUAAGGGUCGGGUUAAGGCCGGGGACCGGAUUUGGCAAAUUGCGUUCGGGUCAGGUUUUAAAUGUAAUAGUGCGGUUUGGCGAGCUUUGAGGGAGGUUCAGGUUGGGAAGUCUAGGACUAACCCAUGGAUUGACUCGAUGGACAAGUAUCCUGUGAAGAUUAAUCUUGCUUAGGUGCAAUCAUGUUAUUCAAGUGGUUGGUUGGUUGGUUGGAACUUGGAAGGAUUAUUAUUGGAGGGAAUGUGUUUGGUACAAGUUUGGCCAAUAAUUUUUUGGCUAUGGGAUUUGUUUGUAGCAAUUCAAUUAGCUCAAGUUGUUUGUUUGAGAUGAAUAUAUAUGUAAUUUGUUUGAUUAUUUGAAGAAAAGAUUCACUUGUAAUUGUAUGAUGAAACUAAAUAUUAUUUUCACAAGUUUAUUACAUUGACUUGGAAGUGAAUAAUAUUCUAUUUUAUAAAUAAUUAAGUUGUAUUAAUAAGAA